AAAUUAAUUUAUAUAUUGAUUGGAAUGGCAAAUUGUUAGUUCAAUCAUUGAUUUGGGGGAUUAUAAAGUAAGGAAGGGGACAAAUUUGGAAAUAAAUGAGCAAUCGUCCUUGUAAAAACCCGAAAAAAGGGGUACUAGGAAAACCCACAGCUGGAAGGGAAAAGCGGGUAUAGCCGGUAGGCUUACUCAUAAACUGCCAAAACAGAAUUCAGUUUUUCUUGUUUCUUCCUUUCUUCUCAUUCUUUCCCUCUGCGCUGCCAUGCUCUGCUCCUCCACACCCUAAUUCUUAAUUAACACCUGCAUUUCACCAUUCAACUCUAAUUUUUCAUCAUUUUCUAACUGAAUUAUCAAAUCCCAAAAGCGUCAGUUAGUUGCAAAUGUCUGUUGCUACUGAGGUACAAUCCUCAACCAAACAUGUACCUGAACAGCGAGCAGUAAGUGGAAACAAAGUUAAGGCUAUGGAAAUCAAAGUUGAGGUGUUCAAGAAGCCACAGCAGCAACGCAAGCCAAAUAAACCAGCUGCAGCGCUCUCGGAAAUGCCUCAGGCAGCGGUUGAGCAGAAUCUGUCCGUUGAAAGCUCAUGCUCUUCCGAUUCCAAUUAUUCUUCUUCUUCCUCUACUUGGUCUUCUACGAAAUUGGCAAGUUCAAGGCGCAUUCUGAAGCCGAAGCGUAACGGAGUAAGUUCCUUCAAGGUUGAACUUACCCAGCAGGACAUGCCGGUGAAGAGAUGUGAUUGGAUCACUUCCAACUCUGAUCCACUUUAUAUGUCAUUUCAUGAUGAAGAAUGGGGAGUUCCAGUUCAUGACGAUAGGAAGUUAUUUGAAUUACUAGUAUGUUCACAAGCUUUAGCAGAAAUGAGCUGGCCAGCAAUUCUUCACAUGAGAGACGUUUUCAGGAAACUUUUCAACAACUUCGACCCAUCAUCUGUUGCGCAGUUCACUGAGAAGAGGCUGCUCUCACUGAAAGUGAAUGGGAUUCUUUUGUUAUCUGAACCAAAGCUUCGUGCUAUCGUGGAGAACGCUAAACUCCUGCUCAAGGUACAGCAAGAGUUUGGUUCAUUCAGCAACUAUAUCUGGAGGUUUAUGAACCACAAACCAUUAAAAAAUGGAUUCCGCUAUGCACGUCAAGUACCAGUAAAGACACCAAAAUCAGAAUUAAUAAGCAAGGAUCUAAUGCAAAGGGGGUUCCGCUGCGUCGGACCUACUGUGGUUUAUUCAUUCAUGCAGGUGGCUGGAAUUGCUAACGACCAUCUGGUAAAAUGCUUCAGAUACCAAGAUUGCAAUGCAAAUGUCAAAAAGAAUAACGACCCUAAGGUUGAAGCAGCUGCGAGAGUAGCUAAAGCGUUAGAAAGCACAUGCCUAUUAUCCCAGUAACUAUUUACCCGACCCACAAGACUAAUUACGGUUCUGCAAUAAUUACAAGAGAUGAGUAGUAGAUCUUCUCGGUAACUUAGUAUUUACUGCUUCUGUAAUUUUUAGUUGCAUACUUUCUUCUUCCACUAUGUGUAUCAUUGACCUUAAGUAGAUAUUAACGUAAUGAAAGUUUCCUUUGACAA